AUGAUUAAGUCUUCUUCAAAAGAUGUCUCGUCUAGUAGUAAUACUCAAGUAGGAGCUGCUCCUUCGUCGUUUGCCAAGGUCAAGCAUCUCAUCGGUGUGGAUAUCAAGAAGGUUAGCUGUAUGCAGAAUGUUCAGGACAUUCUGCUUAAGUAUCCCACUGACUAG